GAAAUUUGUACUAAAUUUGUAAUUUGUGUCACAGACAGACGGACAGUAUAAAGCAACAGAGAAGCACAAGCACACAAGGAGAGCAACUGAACCAACAGAAGAUUUUCCAACCAUGAAUACCAUCAAACAGAAAAAGGACAAAUCCUCAGAAGUCAAAAAAUCCAAGUCAAGAAAGAUCAGAAAGCGUUUCACAGAUGCACACGGGCUGCCUUGCAUUGAGAACAUUGUGACCUCAGUGGAUGAUACUCCUGAGCCCAUCAGCACCAACAUCAUCGGUACAAUCCCAAACUGGAUCAAUGGCAAUUUCUUGAGGAAUGGGCCAGGAAAGUUUGAGAUUGGUAACCAGAGGUUCAACCACUGGUUUGAUGGCAUGGCUCUCUUGCACCAGUUUAAGCUUACUAAUGGGGAGGUGACUUACAAAAGCCGAUUUCUGUCAAGUGAUAGCUACCAAUCUAACAAAGAGUACAACCGCAUUGUGGUGUCCGAAUUUGGGACUGUCACUAUGCCUGACCCAUGUAAAAACUUCUUUCAGCGCUUUUUGUCAAGAUUUGAAUUACCAAAACCAUCUGACAAUGCCAAUGUAAGUUUUGUCAGAUACAAAGGUGAUUUCUACGUCAGCACAGAAACUAAUGUUAUGCACAAAGUGGACCCUGAGACUCUAGAGACAACCAAAAAGGUGAACUGGAGUGAUUUCAUUGCAGUAAAUGGAGCAACAGCACAUCCUCACACUGAACCAGAUGGAACCACAUUUAACAUGGGGAAUUCCUACAGCCGUAAAGGAGCAUACUACAACAUCAUUCGAGUGCCUCCAAGCAAGAAUGCAGAAGAAGAAACCCUGGAGGGAACCACAAUACUCUGUUCAAUUCCUUCGAUGGAAAAGACCAAGCCGUCGUACUACCACAGCUUUGCCAUGUCUGAGAACUACGUGGUGUUCAUCGAGCAGCCCAUCAAGAUGGACCUGUUGAAAAUUGCUACAUGCAAGUUGACAAGAAAAAGCAUCAAGGAUGGCAUCUCCUGGGACCCUAAACUCAACACCAUUUUCCACGUGAUUCACAAACCAACGGGGAAGGUAAGCUCUACCAAGUAUCUCGCCAAGCCGCUGUCAACAUUCCACCAGAUCAACGCUUAUGAGGAAGAUGGCUUUUUGAUCAUAGACAUGUGUGCAUCAGAUGACGGCCAGGCAAUCGCUAACUAUAAUAUCCAAAACUUGCGCAAGUCAGGAGAGGCCCUGGAUGAGGUGUAUAACACCUUGUGCAGAGUCUUCCCUCGGCGUUUCGUGCUACCCCUCACAGUUGACAGUCACACACCGUACAACCAGAACCUGAUAAACCUGCCCAACAGCACAGCCACCUCUAUCAGAAUGGAUGAAAACAAGGUCCUCUGUACCCAUGAAGACCUCCAUGGGGAGGAUCUGCUUCACUACGGAGGUCUGGAAUUCCCCCAGAUCAACUAUGGUAAAUUCAACACUCAUCCAUACCAAUUCUUCUAUGGCUGUGGCUUCAGACACCUAGUAGGGGACAGUCUCAUCAAGAUGGACCUUCAUGGGAAGAUCAUGAAGGUAUGGGAGCAGCCUGGCCUGUAUCCUUCUGAGCCAAUAUUUGUACCGGCUCCUGAUGCUACAGAAGAGGAUGGUGGUGUCAUAUUGUCUGUGGUUGUGACCCCAAACGCGGACAAGAGCACAUUUCUUCUUGUUUUGGAUGCAAAGACAUUCAAAGAGCUGGGGAGGGCUGUGGUACCUGUCAACAUCCCAUAUGGCUUCCAUGGAACAUUUAACAACACUGCAUAGACUCAUAAUCAGGACAAAAAAAAAACUAAUAAAACUGAACUCACUGUACAAGCCUUAACACGAGGAAACAACUCAAGUAAUCUUGCUAAAUAAAAAUGUAAUAUUACAGUUGUAGUGUUUGUAGAAACUUGUUUGUUAAAUAAAAUAUUUUGACUGGUCA